AUGCAUGAUAAUCCGAUCCUAAUGGAAGACUACCAGGAUUCAAGUGUGGUGGUGAAAGCUAUGGCAACUCAAAAGCCAGUGGAGUGGGUUACAUCGUUGAUAACUCGAUUCGAAGAACAGUUUCUGUCUUACACCACUGGGGCAAGUAGACCUCAUGGGCCGGACAUGGAAAGGAACUGUUAUGAGUCUCUGUUGAUUGUACUUGAUACUUUAGAAAAAUGUUUAAGUAAUCAGCCAAAAGAUACAGCUAAAUUUGAUGAAGCAAUGAAUGUGAAAUUACUGUUAAGAGAAAUCUGCCAAUUUAUUGUUGUACCUAAUGACAAUCCAAACAUUUCACAACUAAAGAACCUGGCAUCGAAAGUGUUAUUUGCAUUGAGCUUAAACUUUUUCAAUGCUGUUUUUAAUAGAAUAUCUGCCACGUUACAAGAACUUAGUGCAUGUAAUGAUGAAAAUCCAGAUUAUAGUGAUAUUGAAUUAAUACAACAUAUUAAUGUAGAUGUCAACAGGCUUACAAAAUUACUCAGUGAAACAAUUCAAAAAUUUCGACUUCUGAAGAAGUCAGCUCAAUUGGUGCUGAUAACAUCUCUGGAAAAAGCCAUUUGGAACUGGAUGGACACAUAUCCUCAUGAAUUUGCAGAUUUGCAGAAAAAACCAAAUGAAGAGCUUGCAAAAUGCUGUGAGGGGCUCUUUGAUAUAUUAGACAGUUUUGCUGACAAUAAAAAAGGUCGUGUGGCAAUGUGGCCACUUCAAAUCAUGUUGUUAAUAUUAUCUCCAAAAGUACUUGAAGAGAUAGUGAAUGCUGACUCAGGGGCACCCUGUUCACCACGUCAUUCAAAGAAGAAGCAAUUUAUUGACUCUGUCAAGAGAGCUGUUGGUCCACACGGCACAAAACAGGGAACAGAAGCAGCAGCAGUCACUUGUGUCAAAUUAUGUAAAGCUUCAACGUACAUUAAUAUUUUGGACUCAAAUAAUGUUGCUUUCACCUUAGUACAGAGUGUUAUUAAUGAUCUCAAGACACUGCUAUUCAAUCCAUCAAAACCAUUUUCAAGGGGUCAAAGCUAUGUUCUUCAUGAUAUUGAACUCAUGAUUGAUUGUUUUGUCUCGUGUUUUCGUAUAAAACCUCACAACAAUGAGGCUUUGAAGGUGUGUCUUAAUCCAAAUUUUCCUUCCACGUAUCACUUUGUAUUAGUCAGCUCUCUCUACAGAAUUAUUACUCAACCACGUUUACCUUGGUGGCCUCAAAUUGAUUUGGUAUACAGCAAAUCUUCUGAACUUCGUUCAAUGUUCACUGAUACUUUGAAUAAAGUUACGCAGGGUUAUAUUUCUCACACACCUCUGCGAAUGAUUACUUCUUUGGGAUUGAAAACCAAGGAUCCUACAUCGAAAUUUAAGGAACGCGGUGAAGAAGGGCCUGGUUACAAAAACUUGCUUCUAUGGAUGGUUCGCCUUAUUCAUGCUGAUCCUAUGCUCAUGCUGAACAACCAGGGUAAAGCUGGCCAUGAGAUCCAGAGUUCAACCCUUGAGUUGAUCAACGGGCUUGUAAGUUUGGUUCACCAACCAACGAUGCCUGAUGUUGCUCAAGAAGCAAUGGAAGCUUUACUAGUCCUUCAUCAUCCUGAAAAGAUAGAAGUAUGGAAUCCAGAGGCUCCCAUCAAUACCUUCUGGGAUGUCAGUUCCCAAGUAUUGUUUUCAAUAUCACAGAAAUUAAUUCAGCACCAGAUUGUCAACUACACUGAUAUUUUGAAGUGGCUUAGAGAAAUUUUGGUGUGCAGAAAUGCUUUUCUGCUCCGACACAAAGAUUAUGCGAAUGUUGGUAGCCAGAUCGCUAUUUGCAAGCAGGCUCACAUAAAAUUGGAGGUGGUUUUCUUUAUGUACCUAUGGAGUAUUGACAUUGAAGCUGUACUUGUUGCAAUGUCGUGCUUCAGCCUUUUAUGUGAAGAAGCUGAUAUUCGAUGUGGCUCGGAUGAAGUAACUGUCACAUAUCUUUUGCCAAAUUACCACUUAUAUCAAGAUUUGGCUCAGGCAUCUACUAUUCUUACCACUGCCAGCGGGGAAACCCGUGUUCAUUAUCGUGAACAAAAUGAGGGUCGAGCAGCUUUACAAAAACGAAUUAUGGCUUUAUUGAGGAAAAUUGAACACUGUGUGAAUGGUGUUCAGCCGGCAUGGGAAGAAACGUUUCGAAAUUGGGAAGCAUCUACAAAGAUGCUUACAUCAUACCCAAAAGCAAAAUUGGAAGAUGGUCAGAUUGAACCUUUUCACCGUUCCAUGGGUAAAAGAAGAGCAUCUCAUCAAAAUUCAGAACAUGAACUGGAGGAUCAGAUAAACGAAUGGGCUAAUAUGACAGGCUUCUUAUGUGCCCUAGGAGGUGUUUUGUUGCAACGUAAAUCACCCUCAAGGCCCACGUUAUCUCUUGGGUUACCUCCUUUACCCAGUGUUGAACCUAGAAAAAGUAAUGCUCUUGCAAGUUCUAGUCAGGAUGUUCAGUAUUGCCCUGUUACCCAGUUUGUUGGUCAGCUAUUGCGUCUUUUAGUGUGCAACAAUGAGAAAUUUGGCGCAGCUAUCCAGAGGCACGUGAAGGAGUUGGUGGGACAUGAAAUGUCACCCGCCCUCUAUCCCAUCCUCUUUGAUCAAAUUAAAGCUAUCGUUGAGAAGUUUUUUGAUCAGCAGGGGCAGGUUAUGGUCUCUGAUAUAAAUACUCAAUUUAUUGAACAUAUAAUAUUCAUAAUGAAAAAUGUUUUAGAUAGUAAAACAGAUCAACCAUCUGAACAUCUUGGGGUAACCAGUAUUGAAGGCAUGAUGCUUGCCAUUGUCAGGUAUGUGCGGCAUUUGGACAUGACUGUACAUGCUAUUCACAUUAAGACAAAACUCUGUCAAUUAGUGGAAGCCAUGAUGAAAAGAAGAGAUGAUUUAGCAUUUCGGCAGGAAAUGAAAUUUCGCAACAAAUUGGUUGAGUAUUUGACCGAUUGGGUAAUGGGCACCUCUCAUCAAAUAGCUCCUCCCAGUUCUGGGGAUGUUACAAUGAUAACACGUGAUUUGGAUCAAGCCUGUAUGGAGGCUGUGGCAGCAUUACUCCGAGGAUUACCUUUGCAGCCAGAGGAAUCAGAUCGUGGAGAUCUCAUGGAAGCUAAGAGUCAACUUUUCCUUAAGUAUUUUACCCUCUUUAUGAACCUUCUCAAUGACUGCACAGAUGUCCCAGAUGUUGAGAAAGAAGUACCACGAACACGAAUGCAAGCAGGAAAAUUGAACACAUUACGAAAUGCUACAAUUCAAGCAAUGUCAAAUCUUUUAUCAGCCAAUAUUGAUAGUGGACUCAUGCAUUCCAUUGAAAAGCAAUGCUUAUUUAUUAAAGCAUUUCAGCUUAAGGAGUGUUAUGGUCUUCUUUUAGAUCAAUUUUCCAAAAUACAUUUCACCACACUCACCCAAGGCAUGGGUAGAUCUUGUUCACUAGAAACAGCAUUCAAUAUGAUAGAUUUGGGUUAUAAUAGAGAUCUACAAACAAGAGCAGCUUUUAUGGAAGUAUUGACAAAAAUUCUUCAGCAAGGAACAGAGUUUGACACUUUGGCAGAGACGGUUUUAGCUGAUCGCUUUGAGCAGUUGGUGCAGCUUGUGACAAUGAUCAGUGACAAAGGAGAGCUUCCUAUUGCAAUGGCUCUUGCUAAUGUUGUCACCACUUCACAGAUGGAUGAACUUGCCCGAGUAUUUGUGACAUUGUUUGAUGCGAAACAUCUAUUAUCUCCUCUUCUAUGGAAUAUGUUUUACAGAGAAGUUGAGGUGUCAGAUUGUAUGCAAACCCUUUUUAGAGGAAAUUCAUUAGGUAGUAAAAUAAUGGCAUUUUGUUUCAAAAUUUAUGGAGCUAGUUACCUUCAAAGUUUGUUGGAGCCGCUUAUAAAACCAUUAUUAGAUGAAACAACAAUGAGUUUUGAAGUAGAUCCUGCACGAUUGGAUACAACUGAGGAUAUAGAAGAAAAUCGUAGAAAUCUUGUAGCUCUUACUCAGAAAGUAUUUGAUGCCAUUAUUUCUUCAGCUGAAAAAUUUCCCCCUCAGUUGCGGAGUAUGUGUCAUUGCCUGUAUCAGGUGUUAAGUAAACGAUUUCCUCAAAUUCCUCAGAAUAAUAUAGGAGCUGUUGGGACUGUUAUAUUUCUCCGUUUUAUUAACCCUGCUAUCGUAUCUCCUCAAGAGAUGGGAAUAGUGGCAAAACAGGUUCCCCCAUCUGUAAAACGAGGAUUAAUGUUGAUGUCUAAAAUUUUACAGAAUAUUGCCAAUCAUGUGGAAUUUGGGAAGGAGCAGCAUAUGCUUCCAUUUAAUGACUUCCUUCGUGCUCAUUUUGAAAUAGGUCGAAGGUUUUUUAUUCAAAUAGCAUCUGAUUGUGAAACUGUGGAUCAAGCUUCACACUCUAUGUCCUUCAUCAGUGAUGCUAAUGUAUUGGCUCUCCAUCGCCUAUUGUGGAAUCAUCAGGAACGAAUAGGAGAUUAUUUAUCUAGCAGUAGAGAUCACAAAGCAGUUGGGCGUCGCCCUUUUGAUAAAAUGGCUACCUUACUUGCUUAUUUGGGACCACCGGAACAUAAACCAGUUGAUUCACAGAUUGGUGAAACAAAUGGAGAUUUAUUAAUAUAUCAUGUUAUUUUAACUCUCAAACCUUUCUGUCACUCACCUUUUGAAUUAGUAGUGGAUUUUACUCACACAUGCUCUGACAACCGAUUUAGAACUGAAUUUCUUCAAAAGUGGUUUUAUGUUCUCCCUGAGGUAGCAUAUGAGAAUAUUCAUGCAGCGUAUAUUUACAACUGCAAUAGCUGGGUUCGUGAAUACACCAAAUUCCACGAUCGCAUAUUGUCUCCAUUGAAGAGCAAUCGAAAACUAAUUUUUAUUGAAGCUCCUGCAAGACUCAAUGACUUCAUUGAAGCAGACCAGCAGAAACUUCCUGGUGCUACACUUUCUCUUGAUGAAGACUUGAAAGUAUUUAAUAAUGCUUUGAAACUUUCUCACAAGGACACCAAAGUGGCAAUUAAGGUGGGACCAACUGCAAUACAAAUAACAUCAUCAGAGAAGACGAAAGUUCUGGCACAUUCUGUACUUCUCAAUGAUGUUUAUUAUGCAUCAGAGAUUGAAGAAGUUUGUCUAGUGGAUGAUAACCAGUUUACUCUCACUAUUGCAAAUGAAGCUGGACCUCUUUCUUUCAUACAUAAUGACUGUGAUAGCAUUGUACAGGCAAUAAUUCACAUACGAAAUCGAUGGGAGCUAUCACAGCCUGAUUCAGUUACAGUUCAUCAAAAAAUCCGACCAAAAGAUGUGCCUGGAACAUUGCUCAACAUGGCUCUGUUGAAUUUGGGUUCCUCUGAUCCCAAUUUGAGAACUGCAGCUUACAAUCAAUUAUGUGCUCUUACUGCUACAUUUGACCUUAAAAUUGAAGGCCAACUUUUGGAGACAUCUGGUCUCUGCAUUCCUUCCAACAACACAAUAUUUAUUAAGUCUGUUAGUGAGAAAUUAGCAACAAAUGAACCACAUUUGACCCUGGAAUUUUUGGAAGAAUGUAUUCAAGGUUUUCGUGUUUCUAAUAUUGAACUGAAACAUUUAUGCCUUGAGUACAUGACUCCUUGGCUUGCAAACCUCGUCAGGUUUUGUAAACCUUCUGAUGAAAACAAGAGGCAACAAAAAGUAGCCCAAAUAUUAGAGAAACUUAUUGAACUUACUAUUGAAGAGGUAGAAAUGUAUCCUUCCAUUCAGGCCAAAAUAUGGGGCUCAAUUGGUCAGGUACCAGAAUUAAUUGAUAUGGUAUUAGAUAGCUUUAUUCAUCGAUCUGUUACAAGUGGAUUGGGAUCACCUACGGUUGAAAUUAUGGCUGACACAGCUGUUGCCCUUGCAUCUGCUAAUGUUCAGUUGGUUGCCAAAAAAGUUAUUGGCAGGCUCUGUCGGGUGGUGGACAAGACAUGCACAUCACCUACUCCUUACCUCGAGCAGCAUAUGAUGUGGGAUGAUAUAGCUAUCCUUGCUCGAUAUCUUCUUAUGUUAUCUUUCAACAACUGCUUGGAUGUGGCGCGUCACUUGCCAUACUUAUUUCAUGCUGUCACUUUUUUAGUAUGCUCUGAGGAAACACAAAGGGUACUCCGUCUCAGCUUGGAUGAAUUUUCUCUUCCUAAAUUUUAUCUCUUGUUUGGUAUCAGCAAAGUAAAAUCAGCUGCUGUUACUGCUUUCAGAUCAAGCUAUAGACACCCCAAUGAUAGAUCGAUUGGAAAUGAACGUAGCUUUUCUGGAGUCCCAGCAGACAGAGAAAGGUUAUCUCUUACUUCUCUUGAAGUCAUCACUGAUGCUCUUCUUGAAAUUAUGGAGGCUUGCAUGCGUGAUAUUCCAGAAUGUGAUUGGUUACAAAGUUGGACAGCACUAGCAAAAAGUUUUGCAUUUUGCUACAAUCCAGCUCUCCAACCCAGAGCUUUAAUUGUUUUUGGCUGCAUUAGUAAAAGUAUAACAGAUCAAGAUAUAAAACAACUUCUACGUAUUUUGGUUAAAGCUCUUGAAAGCUUUAAUGACAUUGUUCUUCUUGAAGCAUUGGUUGUAUGUUUAACAAGACUCCAGCCUCUUCUGCGGCCCGAAUCGCCAAUUCACAAAGCUCUAUUUUGGGUUGCCAUAUCUGUCCUGCAGUUAGAUGAAGUAUCUCUAUAUGCUUCUGGAUUAGCUUUACUAGAACAAAACUUACAUACAUUGGAUUCCCAAGGGAGUUUUGAAGAAAAGUCUUUGGAACAAGCAUUAAUGGCUACAAGAGAGCCUUUGGAGUGGCAUUUUAAACAGUUGGAUCAUGCUGUAGGACUUAGUUUUAAAGCAAACUUUCAUUUUGCCCUGGUGGGCCACUUGUUAAAAGGAUUUCGACAUCCCACGCCCACCACUGUGACAAGAACUGCUCGUGUGCUCAAUAUGCUUCUAGGCAUUGUAGCCAAACCUCAUAAACGUGAUAAAUUUGAGGUUAUGCCAGAUAAUGUUGCUUAUCUUGCAGCUUUGGUAGCAGUGUCAGAAGAAGUUCGUAGUCGGUGUCAUGUCAAACACUCCCUUGCUCGAAUGAUCCCAGAGUCAAGUUCUGCUGAAAAUUUUCCCGUUGACAUGCACUUGAACCUCAUGCCUCAGGCCCAGAUGGCGUCUUCUGUAGGCAGCAGUGCUAACAGUACGCAAGUCACUCCUGCUUCACACCGCAACAGCUGUGGCAGCCAGGCGUUGAGCAGCUCAGCAGGCAGCAGUAGUGCCAGUGGCAGCUCAAACUUUACUCCUGCCAACCGUAGGCAGAAGUCAUGGGACCUUCUGGAUCCAUCAGCACUUGCACAGGCACGCCAACUGAAACUCUUGCGCAUUUUAUCAGAUGAGUAGUGAACACUGAGGACUGGCUUAGGUCCAGGGUGUUCUGUCUGUAGAUUUCCCCUUUUCCCGUGUUUGUGUGCGGUGGAGGAUGUAACGGGUUGGGGACAGUAAACCCCUUAUAAAGAAACAUGCAGUAGAGACACAGUGCAAGUACUGCUCAAUUCAAGUUAAAGGGGAAAUAAUUUGAGUUGUUCGUUAUUUGAUACAGAGGCAGUGCUUGAAUACAGUGUCUGAUCUUUUUAAUGGAACUUAAAUGGAGGAAACAGAAUUGGAUUGAAUGGCUUUUUUUCCACAUCAAGGAACAAACAAUUUAUUACAUUUCAUUUAUGUAUUGAAAUUUGUCUUAUAAUGUUUUUACAGAAAUAUCAAGAGUCAAAGGAGAAUUGCAGCAGAUCUGUGUAGUUUAAUUUUCAGGUUGAGUGACUCAUACUUCUGAAGUUGAUUGAAAAUUUGUUGUGUGUAGUAACAAAGCCAACUCGUGGUUGAAGUAUAAUAUUACGAUAUUAGAGGUCAUUAUCAUAUAAAUCAAGUUCACUCAUUGAAUUUGCAAAUAAUAACAGUAGAAAAAGAAUUAAGUUUUGUAACAAAAUAUUGUUGGUCUUUGGGUAAAUACUUGGAGUUAUUCAUGUGUAAGUCAUCCCAAUAACAUAAGAAGUACAUCAACUGUUAAGUUCGUAUUCAUUGAAUAACUACAAAAUAAAAAAUUAUAACUUGUAAAUAAUGCAAUAACUCCUACGUUCAACAUUUAAGCUAUUUAAAUGAUAUAUUGUAUUCUCAAUCUUACAAAACUUGAUGACGGAAGUUGUAUUAGUCUUUGACUACACUGUUUCUUUUUGCAAUAUAAUUUGAGAAUCGUUUCUUUUUACGUGUAUAUUGUUUCUGAAAGGAUUGUCAAUGAUGUACAAUUCUAUACGAGAAAAUGUAAGUGAUUUGUUUGCAGGGCAGCUAAUUAUCUUGAACUACUCAUCAAUAAUGUAAAUCAGGUUGGAAAUUUCUGUGAAUUGGUGAAUCUAUGGUUUGCUCUAAAAAUUCAGAAUUAUUUGUUUUUCUCUUAAGUUGAUUACAUACAUUUUUAAUCAAUUGAACCCAUCCCUUGUGGGUUGUUCUGUAUUUGUGUGUAUUGUAAUAGGUCUGUUGUUUUGGGAGGUGUGAGGAAGCUGUGUUGAAAGUGUGAUGCCUAGCUAACCUUGUGCUACUGUAGGUCCAUUCACCUGCACCUACAUCUGCAUGUGGCGGGGGGGACUCGUCUACUAAUAGCAAUAAGGGCUGGCGGUCGCUGGACCUCGGUCCCCAGGCGCCCCCUCCCCCUGCAGCAGGCACCGGCUCAGCGCGGCCUCUGUUUCGCACCCAGCGCUCUUCAUCUGUUCCCGCGCCUAAAUCGGGUGUGGAGGGGGCUGGUGCUACUGCCGUGGGCAAAAAUCGCAGUGCUCGUGUAUCUGUAUCCAAUGAAAACAACAUUCUUUUGGAUCCUGAAGUCCUCACAGACUUUUCAACACAAGCUUUGGUCAUGACAGUUUUGGCCACUCUAGUCAAAUACACUACUGAUGAAAAUGAAACAAGAAUCCUCUAUCAGUAUUUAGCUGAGGCAUCAGUAGUAUUUCCAAAAGUAUUCCCUGUCAUACACAGUCUUCUUGAUGCAAGAAUUAAUAAUGUUAUCUCUGUAUGCCAUGACCAAGUUAUUCUUAGUGCAGUGCAGAGUAUCAUUCAGAAUAUGAUUGCAUGUGAAGACACAAGCCAACAACAGCUGCAUUAUCUUCAGAGUUGUGGAUUUGGUGGUUUGUGGAGAUUUGCUGGGCCUUUUACCAAGAGUAACUGCACUGCAGAAAAUGCAGAGUUGUUUGUGAACUGCCUGGAGGCUAUGGUAGAGACCUGUCUUCCGGUGGAGGAAGGAGAAAUGGAGUUGGUGCAAUACCCCUCAAUGCUCAGCGUCUCCAGUAACAUGAAUUUGAGUUCUUCUCUUUCAAGUCUCACUCUUGGGUCUCCAACGGAGAAAGAACCUGCCCUUGAUGUUGGAGGCUGCUCGGAUGGCUCUGCCAAUUCUCUGGGCAGAUCACCCUUUGCUAAACAGCGCAGUUUCAAGUGCAUGAGCAAGGGCAGCAAAUCAAGUGGUGCGACAGACACAACAAAGUGAGACGAGGCUGCCCAGUGGCUGCUGCACCAGGGCCCUGUGCCAGCUGCGCCCCCUAAUGCAGAGACUCACCAUCAGCAGCAACAGCGACGGUAUAGGCAGCGUCGGCGCAGCAACUCCCUCGUGGCUAUGCCCUCCCGGCUCUGCAACUGCCUUCAGUACUGCUGCCUCGAGCCACGCUAGCCAGCCCCAUGAAGUAAAGGACUGCACUUCAAUCUAUCUCACUAUCUAGCUUCUUCCUCUGCUGUCUGUUGCUGUGAAUUAUUGUGAAAGACUGUUUUGAAUUCUCAUAAGGUCAAGUGAUUUUGUUGUUUCUUUUUGGAUCUAAAUGUUUGGUCAGUGUUUUGAUAGGAAGUUGUAAAAAUGUAAGUGUGAGUGUGUGUGUACAUAAAUUUGAGUGAGUGUUUUUUAGAGAGAUUGCACAUUCAUGUCCUAUGUAAAAUGCUUAAUAAUACCCACUUCACCACAUGACAAGUAUCUAAAAGAAAUUCAGGAUGGUUGUGCUAAAUAAUGUAUUAUAACUCUCAAAUUAAUUAUGGCAAAUGUAUAAUUCUCUACACGAGUAGCAUUUGAGUCACUUAAUAUUGUUCUAAUAAGUAGAUACGUUGUUUCAGUGUAUCCCACAGAUACAUAACAUUAUAUGAUUGAAGUUGAAAUUCCGAUGGUCUCCACUAGUUCAUUGUAUUACUAAAAUCCUGUUAAGUGGUGUAAUAUUUUUUGAGAGUUCUCCUGUAACAUCGAAAUGUGCGCUUUUGAAAGUUUAUUCACCAAUUUUCCUGUCCAACCAUCUUUGGUUUCAUUUAGAGUGCGACGUGAAUGGGUUAACUUGAUACACUGAAAAGAGAGGUGAUGGACAGAGUACCUGAAAGAUGGAUUAAUAUUUUCUAAAUACUAUGAAAUAUUUGUUAUCGAUACGGGUUAAUACAUAAUUUCAUUUUUAAAAGAAUGUUCAUAACAAAAUGAUUUUAAAAUAGUUGUAUGUUCUCAUCUGCUUCUGGCACAUCAUUUAUAGCUUGUUGUUGAUACACAAUGUAUAUAUUUUAAUCCUUUGUGAUCUUAAUAUUUCACACUGUGCUUCCCUGUCAACUCUAAUUUGAAUUUCAAGUGCCAUGUGUUUGCCGCAAGUAUGGCACAGGGACAAGUGGGAAGUAUUUUACACUGAAAGAUAACAUACACAUAAACAUAAAAAAUAAAAUAAAUUAUUACUAAAUGUCAGUUCUUCCUGGCUUUGGCACAAUCCUGUGAGCUUCAAUAAUUAAGUGUGCAAUGUAAUGUCAAGUAAAACUUGACAUUAACCUGACAUUAACAAACACCAAUUUCCCAGUGUUCAGUCCCAUUUGACUCAGAAUCACAAAGGGUUAAAGUUACUUUCUUUCUAAUGGCCUAGCCAUUCCAUGAACGUAGCAUCCAUUUGAAGGUGCACCAUUCCAUUUGGCUAAAACCUUUCUUCCCUUUUAUGUCUUUUAAGAAGCAAGGUCUAACCUGAUGAUUUUAAGAUACCUUAAAUUAAGUACAAUACUAACUAGUAUACCAAAUACAAAUGCUAUCAUCUCUGUAUGUUUAUUCUUAGUUCCCAGUCUUUGACUGAUACAAUGUAAAUGCUAACAUUCCUUUCUUUGUAAUUUUAUCAUAAACCUCUUUAUUUUGAUUCUUUAAAAAUUAUUUUAUACAAAUAAAGUACAGUAGCUAAUCACGGUGCUAAGAAAAGUCAGAUCCCAAUUGUUCGUAAGUCUAAGGAGGGGCUGGCUCAAUUCUGUGAAAAUAUAGUAAGGCUGAUUCAUUUGCACAUUGUGUAAAACUUUAAAUAAAACAAAUUGAUCCCAAUGUUCUGCAUUGUUCUAUUAUGCACUGAGACCACUCACUUCUUCCCUCUUCUUUUCAGUCACUUUCAUCUUCUUCAUCACUGAAAUAACUGUUUGGUCGAAACCUUUUCUUGGGUUUCACAUCACAAGUUUCUGUUUUUUCUGCACAUUCAUUUUUCUCCAUAGCUGCCCGGGCUUGUUCCAGUUGAAUGGCAGCGCUUAGUGUUUCCACAUCUUCAAUUUCUUCAUCUGACGACUGAGCUACGUGAGAUACAGUAGCUUUGGAUUCAUCUUCACCAUACAUUUCCUCUUCUUCCUCUUCCACUUCUUCUCCUUCUCGAUCCUUUCUAGCUUUCUUCUUUUUCAUUUUUUUUGGUGGUGGUUCUCGUUCUCCCAAGGCAUUGUGAGGACAUUUGUAACUCAUAUGUCCUUCUUCACCACAUUCAUAACAUCGAGUCUUAUCAGGAUAGGCUUUCCGCCGAAUAAAUUCAGCACUACGUCCAUUGUCAAUAGCCAAACUACUCUUCAAUACACGACCAAAAAGCUGUAAGAUAUUAUUUUGAUUGUCUCUGUUGUUUAUAUUUUAAGGGUACAAAUGCACAUUUUAAGACAAUGAGUAGCGGCUGCUUAGCUUUUGGAAGAUAUUCAUAGAAAAAUUGAUAAUGUUCUAUAAUGUGUAUUAUUUUUAUUACAAUUGUUCAUUCUGCGUAAUAAAAUGACUGCUGUCUUCUGCCCAUUCAUCGACUUUGCGCAAUUUACAGCAUCAUCUUUUUUCAAGAAGAGGACAAACGCCACUCCUUUACUUCUUCUUGUGAUCUUAUCCUUUACUACUGUGAUUCUGACAACUCUUCCAUAUUUCUCAAAUAUUUUGUAUAAAUCAUUGUUGGUCAAUGAAAAAGGUAAGUUAGAUACAUAAACUGUACUUUUGCUGGGAACCCAACCACCACUCAUAGCUAUUCUUUUACUCAAAACAUUUAUUACAAUUUGUUUUAUAAAUUUUACUGCGGUGAAUUUACGUUACACCUAUUUUUUCACAUCUGUCAAUAACGAACGAAAUGCAAUAAACACCAUGUAGUGUAGUUGACUCGUUUGACAGUUCAGGAAACAACCUUCCUUGGUAUUGCCUGGUAUAUGCGUUGUUACUUUACUUCAAUUUAUUUAUAGCUGCAUUUGACAGGUUUCCUAUCACCCAAGCAUGGUAAUACAAGCUACACUCCAACUUAAACAUAGUCACAUUGGUACACGUUGUUAGGAGAGGAGGGAAAUGUAACCUAAUCGGGAGCUCUAAUACCAAAAGUUCAUCGUAACGAAGCUCUCUAUUGGACUAUUGUGUUCCCCUCUCCUCGUAAUCUUUGUGUGCCACUGUGUUUAAAUCGAUGUUUAUAUUCUGAUAUAAACAGUGAAGCCAUAUAUAAACAUAUUCCUCCAUGGUAUAGCUCCUCAAGGUCACAAGCAGGUCGGGGAAGGGGCACUUUUAUCUAAUUGCAAUCUUCGCUAUGACUUAAAUUUCUAGUAUAGAAGCUCCCGAUUGUAUGGAAAUGUUCCUUUCUGC